UUAGAAGAUUUGAUGCAUCCGUGAAAGGUUGAGGUCCUCACGAUCGGAAAAUGGCACGCGGAUAGUAAGAAUUAUCAAGAAAUACAAUAAAAAGUAUUCACGGCGAACGAUCGUAUCAGAUAACGAUGGCGUCGGCUUACAUUAAAGAUGAGCAAGGUGGAACGUUCAUCCCUGCUAGUCAACGUCCAGAUGGCACAUGGCGUAAGCCACGUCGUGUCAAAGAUGGCUAUAUACCACAGGAAGAAGUACCACUGUAUGAAAGCAAAGGUAAACAAAUAAAAAAUAAACCUAUAUAUCCAAUAGGUGCAAGUCCAGAGUUCAUUGCGGAGCAUAAAGCUAAACAUGAAGCGUUAUUAGCAGCUAAGAGUAAAACUGUUUCUGGGGUACAAGUUAAGACAGAAAUUAAAAAGAAGAAGAAAAAGAAUAAAAAUAAAACAACUGAACGUAUAACAGAAGAGUUGGCUAAAACUAGUAUCUCUGAACCAGAACAAAAGAAAGAAUCCUUGCCACACAAUAAUAAAGUGCAAUCUAAAACAAAAUCAAUACCAAAUGAUCAAACUCCUACCCCAAAAGCAAAUGCUGUAAGUGAAUCUGAUACUGCCACACCAGAUCCACAAAAAAGAUUAAAAACUCUGAGGAAAAAGAUUCGAGAAAUCGAAACAUUGGAACAAAAAAUAAAGGCUGGGUUGUUAAAAAAUCCAGAGAAUGAAAUACUUGAUAAAUUGUCGAGGAAGUCUGAAAUCUCGAAAGAGAUUAAACGAUUAGAGGCAAGUCAAUAGAAAAAGGGGGAUCGAAAAAAAAGUAUAUUUACACACUCUCAUUUAUCAUCACUUUGUAGUUGUACCUAAACCAAUGUGUGUUUCGUAAAGUUUAAAACGAUUUUAAUACAGUCUUAUGCAAUAUCAUACUUUCAUCCUCUUUAUACAGUAACCAAAUGGCAAUAUAGAACUGUACAUUUAUGUUGAGAUUGAAAUCAGAUACUAAUAAAUUUAGUACAUUAUAAUGUCACUGUGUGAAAGACCAAUCAAUCAGAUUUUAAUAAAAAAUUGUUUUUGCAUACUA